GAAAAUAUUACAAAGCAAUUGUAAUAGUUGGAAAAUAUUGUGUAAAUACCAUCAAGAAAGAAACAUCAACUAAAUAUAAAAUUACAUCUCGUUAAUAAUGGAAAUGUAAUAGCAGAAUAUACUACAUCCCAAAAUUCUAAUAGAAUAUAAUGAUGAAAGAUAAUAUGAGGAAGAUAUUAUUAACUCUACAUUUGAUGAAGUGAUUUCUAAUAUUGAAGAUGAAUGAAAAGAACGUUGGCAUUUCACAAGAAACAUUAGUUUCCAAUACUGAAGAUGUACCUGCUAAAAAGUUGCCCCAGUAUAUUGCCAGUUUAUCAUCAACUCUUGGGGCAUUAGCAGUUGGUAUGGUAUUGGCAUGGACUGCUGUUGCUGGUGCUGAUGGAAAGAAAUUAGUAGAUUUAUAUAAUAUACCUAUUACUUCAUCUGAAUUUUCAUGGAUUGGUUCGUUAACUACACUUGGAGCAGCAGCGAUAUGUAUACCUACUGGAAUUCUUGCUGAUGUAAUAGGAAGAAAAUAUACCAUGCUUCUAAUGGUAAUACCCUUUACCAUAGGUUGGCUGCUUAUAAUUUUGGCCAAUUCUGUAGCUAUGUUUUUUAUUGGUAGAUUUAUUAUGGGUUUUAGUGUUGGAGCUUUUUGUGUAGCUGCACCUAUGUACACAGCAGAGAUAGCUGAAAAUGAGAUUCGUGGCAGUUUAGGAUCUUAUUUUCAGUUACUUCUUACAGUAGGCAUUGCAUUAACAUACAUUUUAGGAAGUUCUGUAGAUAUGCGUGUGGUGUCUAUUAUAUCAGCUGUUGUGCCAUUUAUAUUUUUUGGAAUUUUUAUGUUCAUGCCAGAAACACCCAUCUAUUAUUUAAAAAAAGGCAAUGAAGAAGCUGCAAGAAAAAGUUUAACUAAAUUACGUGGUAGUCAAUACAAUGUAGAGAACGAAUUACGUGUACACCGAGAAGCACUAGAAGAAACUCGUAAAAAGACAACUUCUUUAUUCGUAUUACUUAAAUCUAAAGCUACCAAGAGAAGUUUCGUGAUUUCGUAUGGCCUCAUGUUUUUUCAACAAUUAAGUGGUGUAAAUGUUGUUAUUUUUUAUGCCAGUACCAUUUUUAAUGAAACUGGUAGUGGUAUGGAUAAUAGUUAUUCCAUUAUUAUUAUAGGUAUAAUACAAGUAUUAGCUGUUUUUAUAGGCACAUUGAUUGUAGAUCGUUUAGGUAGAAGAAUAUUGUUAAUGGCAUCAGCAAUAUUCAUGUGCUUAACAACUUUAGCUCUUGGGGUGUAUUUCUAUCUUACAGAAAUUAGAGUGGAUGUUAGUGCAAUUCAAUGGUUACCUUUAAUAUCUAUAUGUAUCUUUAUUGUUAUGUUUAGUAUUGGUUUUGGUCCUAUUCCUUGGAUGAUGAUGGGAGAAAUAUUUGCACCAGAGGUAAAAGGUGUAGCUGCGAGUAGUGCUUGUGUUUUAAAUUGGUUACUAGCUUUUAUUGUAACUAAAUUUUUUGAUGAUUUAAAACAAGUGAUGAAUAUGGGGCCUACAUUUUGGUUGUUUUCUGUAGUUAGUGCCAUUGGUACUCUCUUUGUAUAUAUAUUAGUUCCUGAAACAAAAGGUAAAUCCUUGGUAGAAAUUCAAAGAGAAUUGAAUUCUUCAUGAUGAUUUUAAGACUUGCUAUGCGGCUAAGCGUAGAUUUAAUAAUAUGUAAAUAGUUGUAUAUUAUGUAUUCGAACAAAUAAAAAGUAGAACUUCAUUUAA